AUGGAGGCGUUCGAAAAGCUACGGGUAGUACUCGGGCGUCACUAUUUCAGUGCGUGGUACUUGAAUAAUCAGCAAAAGUACAACAUCGAUCUGCUGCCUCGCGAGGAUCGAUUUAGGCGACUGUUCAUGGUACUUCAGCUGUUGGUAAAGAUUUUGGAAAUGGACCUAGCUAUGUGGAUUUUGCCCAACCCAUUGAAAGCACGCCAAAAAUUCUGCCACGCGUCACACUGUCCGUUGGUAGCGCAGCUGGUCUGGAACGGGAACACGGGCAGUGUCAACCUGUUUGUUCGAAAGCUUUUCCAAAUGUUCGUUAACAUAACCGCAUUGGAGUAUCCUGAUGAAGACAUUGUUGUCCUAGCGCGUUUGUUGAACCUCGUGAUGGUGGCGGUUAACGUGAGUGAGUUUCAACACAACGACGGUAUGAUUCAGUAUCCUUGCUUGAAGAAAAACAGUAACUACUUCGCAAAGCAGCUGUGGAGCACGAUAGAAUCGUCUGCGUACUACAGCGUGCGUCUCUGUCUCAACACGAUCCGCCUCGUUCGUGCACCGUUCCUGAAACUAUCCAGUGAAAUCAGUAGCCAGCAGUACGUUGACCUGCUGUACAGUGGGUUCCGGGCAUACUGCGAUAUGUAUCAGAUUGCGAGUUACUUCCUGGAGCUAACGGUGAAACCGUACCAACAUUCCGAAAGCUACGAGCCACCAUCACCGAGCAAAGCAGCAUCUUCACAUUCGACAGGCGGUUCGUCUCGAACUCAGAUUGAAUGCGUUCCCGGUGACACGCGCAUCGUGACACGGCAGAAUAUCAACGAAAAAAUUAUAUUUCAUGAGGUGGAAGUAAACGAGGAACUGCUGCUGGCAUACCGAGAGGACAUCAAACACACUCUGUUGAUCGUGCAGCAACUCAAGAAAUUGAAAACAGCAAAAGAAAGAAGGCUUUUUCACAAUUGGAUCAACUACCUGUCGAGAGUGGAUGCCUCGCUUUAUGAUGUGGAUCCCAGUGAGUGA